CAGGUCCAUACUGCCUAACAACGGAGUAGAGUCUUUGACGCAUACUCGUACACACGUCUACAUCAGGUCAUGUACAAUCAUCAACCCACCAUCGACAUCGGAAGCUCUGCCAAGUUUGGCGUUCCAAUAGUCAUAAUCCUACAGCUCUAAGCGACAAUUUGGGGGUCUAACCAGUCGGUACUUGAGGAACAUUACACAGGGAUAAAAAGACGAUAGAUUCGAUGUCUGUUCCUGGAUCAAUAUCCCAAGAAUGAAGCGUUCACGCGAACCUGAGGAAACUCCUUAUAACGGAGCCGCACUUUCAGAGCGGGACCUAGACGCCAAAACUGGAGACGGCCGUGGCGGGUGGGAAGGAAGAAGCAGCGACAAUGAGGCAUCGGCCCCUGCCACCAAAAUUGCGGGUCUUGACCUAUCUGAUAAUGACAGUGACCUCAACGUCGAGAUGCAAUGUUCCCUGCCUCCGCACCGCGAACCCGUAGUCUUCUCAUCAUACGGUGCAUACGAGGCCCACUACAGGGACCAGCACUCCAACCGAUGUGCUGAGUGCCGCAAGAACUUCCCAAGCGCCCACCUUCUGAGCUUGCAUAUCGAGGAAACACAUGACUCCUUCGUCCAGGCGAGGAGGGAAAGGGGGGAACGCACUGUAAGUACCACAAGCCCAUCCUGUGCCGCACGGCUGGCUAAUUUCCGUCCGCAGUACUCCUGCUUUGUGGAGGGCUGCGACAGGAAGUGCAGCACACCGCAGAAACGGAGAAUGCACUUGAUCGAUAAACACAUGUAUCCCAAAAACUUCUUCUUCGCCAUCACACGGGAAGGGAUAGAUGGCCGGCGCUCUCUUUUAUUAGAGAGCAGUGGUAGUCGCCAAAAAUCAAGGACGGCGAGAGCAGCGCACCAGCAGCCCAGCCAGACUCAAGCACAGGGUCAGGCGCAAAGAGUCGACGCGUCCGCCAACAUGAUCGCAGCAGCAGAUGAGAGACAGGCGGCGGAAUCGAAUCGGCGGAGUCCCGAGCAGCUCCCAGAAGAGGAGAUGGAGGACCUAACGAGCGCCAUGUCGUCAUUGAGAUUUGUGCCGAUGAGCGUCCGGUUUGGGCGAGGCAAAAGAGCCGGUUUCGCAAAACGGUGACCCUAGUGUUUUGAGGGGAAGACAGAGGGGUCUUCACUGGCAACCACAUGAGCGUCAAGACGGCGAAGGGGGGGGACCACAAAGGUUGAGAGGUGGGACAUACAGGCCAAA